GAAAGGAUCUUGUGUCACGCUUUGUGUUCUAUUUUCAGGAUCCUGCGCUGACUGACGAUUGUUCAUCCAGGAUUUUCUCUGCCAAGAUUUUGACCUCGCUGAAGUGAAAUCGGCCGCCAUGCCCAUCCUGAAGCAGCUGGUGUCCGGCCCCGCUCAGAAGAACCGGCGGUCCCGUAGCGACCUGACCCGGGAGAUGAUCAGCGCGCCGCUGGGCGACUUCCGCCACACCAUGCACGUGGGCCGCAGCGGCGACGCCUUUGGCGACACCUCCUUCCUCAGCUCGCGCUCGGGGGAACCCCCCGCCGAUCCCGCCUCCUUCCCCAGCUCCCCCCGUCCGGGCUUGCUGUCGCGCGCCUUCCGCAGCAGCAAGCGCUCCCAGUCCACCACCCGAGUGGACCAGCAUCGGGAGCUCCCCCUGGUGGUCUCGGAAGGAUCGCCCGCUUACGUUAAGAACGCCAUGUCUUUGCCCUUCCUCAACGACGAGGACGCGGGAGACAACGCGGUGGCCGAGAGCCUGUCCCCCAGCCCGAUAAGCCAGCACUGCGCCGGCGCUCCCGGUGCCGCCACGGGAAGGCGUUUCCCCGAGCUGGAAGAACUGCGUUUCGGGGAAGCCGGCGAGCUCCCCGAGAGGCGGAGCCCCGCCGCCGCCGGAAUGAAGCACGCCGAGUCAGUCAUGUCCUUCCACGUCGACCUGGGCCCGUCCAUGCUGGGGGACAUCCUGGGCGUGAUGCAGAAGGACGACGACGACCUCGGCUACGAGGAAGGCAAGAGCAGCGAGGGCCGCGCCUCGCCGCCGCUCAGCGCCCACGGAAGUGAUGACGACAACGACGGGAGGAGGACGGUGGCCGUAGCUGAGGAGGAGGAGGAGGAAGCACCCCCGAGGACCGAUCCCGAGGUGCCCCACACCCCCCAGUACACCCCGGAGGUCCUCCCCAAACACUUGCGGCACCUGGAUAGCUGCUCCGUGUCCAGCUCGGGCUCGGCGGCCCUGGACGACAAGGCCCACGUGUACGCGGCCGACACGGACAGCGCCACCUUCAGCGCGCCGCCCGAAGAGGAGAGCCACUUCUCGUCCUUCCUGGACGACGACGAAGAUGACGAGAUCCGCGUGUGAGGAAGCGUGGAAUGUUGGUGA